UCUCUUUUAAAAGAAAAAAAACCCCACUCGUUCAGAAAUCCUGGCAUAAUAUUUGAAUACUAUCGAUUAUUUAACAUCAGUAUUUCUGUACGCGCGAUCUCGUGACGAAUGAGGAAACGGAAGCACCGGCGAUGUCCAUGCCAAAAUGUUGUGCUGGUGCGAGAAUAGUGAACAAUUGAAGACAUUAGUGAGGCAUGUUGUAAGAUUGUUCACAGUGGGAACAGUCGGCGCCUCUGGUAUGUCUACAAUAUGACAUCUAUGGCGCAAAUAUUUAGUAAGAGUUGUAAUUUUACCAGUCGGUAACGUUGUGCGGUGUAUUAUCAUGGCGGAAGCUGAAGUGGCGACAAAAACAGACAAAAUGUCGGUCUUUCCAAACAUUUCUCUGAGGCUGGAGGUCGCCGAUUACCUGAAGGGAGUGUUCUUAAACAAGGAGCUGUUGGCGUCCAUUGGCCAUCAGGAAGCCGAACGCAAUUUCCAGAUGCUUCUCACCUGCCUGUCGCACCCUCCGUCUUACACGUGCGUCCGGGCCAGCGUCCACCUGGCUCCGCAGAGCGAGAUCCGACGCAAGCUGGGCGAGGAGCUGAAGAAGCAAACGUGCGGAUGGGAGGAGGAGGAGGAGCUGGAGAUCGUCCCGCAUCCCAGCGUUCCGGAUGUGCUGCUUAUCCCUGUGGUCGGCCCAAGGCGUGUGCAGCAGCUCGGCUCCGAGGCCGAGGUGGUGGUGGGUGCGCAGUGCGGCCACGCCGUGCUGAGGGGCGCUGACGUGUUUGCCCCCGGAAUUCUAUCCUGUCCCAAGCACAUGAAGGCUGGGGACGUGGUGUCGGUGUUCUCCGACGUGGAGGGAAAGUGCACCCGGGGAGCAUUCAGCUUCCACGGGUUGAAAAUAUUUGUGGGGAACGGUUUGGCCGAAAAGGACCGCGGCGGCAUUUUCGGCACAGGAGAAACCGUCAGGGGCGUUGGCGUGCGUAUGACGGAGCCCCUUUACAGGAGUCCCUCCUUUGAUGGAGUCUUACCUCACCUGGCCUUCUUACAGAACCUUCCAUCCGUGGUCGUGGGCCACGUUCUGGGUCCUCGUCCCGGAGAGCGCGUCCUGGACAUGUGCGCCGCCCCGGGGGGGAAGACGUGCCACAUCGCUGCCCUCAUGGAGGAUCGGGGUGAAGUGGUGGCCUUGGACAAGAUACGAAACAAGAUGGAGCCGAUUCGCCGGAAUGCUGAAAUGUUGCAGUUACGCAGUGUGACGGCGUUUUGCUUCAACAGCACCAAAGUCGUGAGCGACGAGAGUCACCGCGGCGCAGAAGGGCCGCCCUUCCCUCCCGAGAGCUUCGACCGCGUGCUGCUGGACGCGCCCUGCAGCGGCCUCGGCCAGAGGCCGAACAUGUCGAGCACCUGGAGUCUGAAGGAGGUUUGCUCCUACGCGCCCCUGCAAAGAAGCCUCCUCCGUGCUGCUGUGCGCGCAUUAAAGCGCGGCGGCGUCCUGGUGUACAGUACGUGCACGGUGACGCUGUCUGAGAAUGAGGAGCAGGUGGCUUGGGCCCUGCGCACCUUCCCCGGACUCACGCUGCUGCCUCAGGAGCCUCGCGUGGGGGUCGAGGGCAUGCCGGGCGCGGGGCUGUCCCUGGAGCAGCUCGGCCUCCUCCAGAGGUUCCGACCAGAGUUGAGCUGGGAGGCCACCGCCGCGACACCCCUCGCCAGCAGGGCCGACGGCGACACCAUCGGAUUCUUUAUCGCCAAGUUCCAGAAAAACUGACUUGCUCCCUGCUGCGAUGCUCGGGAACAAAAGCACACUUUUGACGCAAAUGGCUGACAACGCUGUAAUGUGCAUGCCAGGCCAGUAGGUGGCAAUGGCACUAUGUAAAAGCCAUAGCACAGUAAACAAAAACGGACAGUUC